AAGCUCACACAAGCCGAACAGUCACCAAUAAAAUCCUCUAUUUUCGAUCCUUCAAAUUUGAUAAUUGAUCUUUUGCCAUCCAUACAUUGUCAGAACAUAAAUGAAUGGCCUUCCCCUACCAGCAGGCUCUAAAAGCACCAUAUCGACUACCGCCAUAUCAUAUCUUUCUGUUUCAACAUUAGCGACCUUCGUCAAUAAAUUACUCUAUGUUCAUUCCGAGUAUAAAUUCCCAUUCCCCUUCAUUACUGUCUUCUUCCAACUUGUAAUCACAUUAAUAUUCAUGGCUCUAUGGAGUUUCAUAAACCCAACACAUCACCCAUCCUACUUUCGUAUACCUAAGUUAAGGUGGAACUCUUCCGUCGCCAUUCGUAUCGCACCACUAACCCUUGUAUAUUUGUGUGUCAUUAUCUUUAAUCCACUAUUUCUGCAGCAUGUUGAAGUGUCAACCUAUCAUUUUACCCACUCGCUCUCAAUCGCAUUUUCAAUGAUAUUCUCGCAUUUAAUGCUGCACGUGGAGAAUUCACAACGCGUCAAAUCGGCCUGUAUCAUUAUGAUCAUCGGUAUGUGCUUGGGAUUUAUCGGCCAUUUGAACUUUUCAGUCGUUAGUACUUUUUACGGCUUAGGUUGGCCUGCUAUUUUGGCAAUAUAUAGCAUCUAUUUGAAGAAGACUUUGGUUGCAUUCAAAAACGAUUUUUGGUUACUUAUCCAGUACAACACCAUCAUGUCUACUGUAAUAAUGAUUCCGCUUAUCUUUUUAUCUGGAGAGCUCGAUAAAGUUUUUACAAGUAUAUGGUUCUGGGAUGAAACUGGGUUUUGGGUGCAAAUGAUCAUUACCAGUUUGACGAACUUCUCAGUCAACGUUAUCAUGCUAAUAUUACUUAUCCGAGUAUCACCGUUGUCAUUAUCUGUGGCUGGAGUAACGAAGACCAUCAUCCAGACUUUGAUUGCUUAUGUUAUAUUUGGCAACCCAUUGUCGCUCUUGAACUUGGCUGGAAUGUUAUUGUCAUUGGCUGGAGCAGUAUAUUACGCACGUUUGAAAACUGAAGAGCUCAAACUGUAGUGUCUUUAUUGAUGAACAUUUCAAUAAUACCAUUUUAGACACUCUCUUCUUCUGUAUAUAGAUCCUGAAUUUUGUAUUUAAUAAAAUCUCAUAUAAAUUACGUAUCCCCUCCCCCCCC